GGAGAGUAUACAUUUUACAUACCCAUCCUAUUUUACAUACGUUUUUAACCAUUGAUCAAUCGAUUCUCAUUUUUUGUCUGUUCUAUACUCUUUAGUCUUUCUUUCCGUCAAUAAUCCGUACUCGUCUCCUCCCCGGGAAGCCGCAAUUUCCUAUCAAAUUUCUAGGGUUUUCAAUUCACAACUUACCCCCAAUUUUACCCCCAAAUCAUUCAAAAAUCAUCAAUAAUCACAAAAUCUUCUCGUAAUACCAUUCAAUUUCUUACAAAACCAUCCAAUUUCAUUCAAUUUUUCGAAUCAAAACAAUGUCAUCGGGUCAAUCGAGGUCGGUGUUAGAAGGCGACUUACAGAUAGUUGCAGUAGAAGAUAAGCCGACAACAAUGUCCGCUUUGCCACCUAGACCGCCGCCAUCGACAAGCAACGCGAUCGUAGAGUACACUCGCGCUCCUUUCAAAGAAGAAGAGGAAGAUAUUGAGAUUAAACUACGUCGUAUUCUUGAGAAUGUUCCUGUUCGUGUUAGUAAUACUUCUGGUAGUUCUGCUGGUUCUGGCUCCGGCGAUUUUCAUCAGACAGAUUCUUGUUAUCCUGGUUUGAAUGCUAAAUUUGUAUUGAAGUACCGGCAAAUGAGGCGGAAAGAGCAAGACAGGCUUGUCAGAAUGGAAGUUGACUAUCAAAGAAGGAGAGAGGUUGCAGAAUUCGAAUAUAGAAGAGAACAAAGACUGAAAGCUGCUGAAGAACAAGCAGCUAAAAAGCGUGCAAAACGCCAGAAAAAGAAGCAGAGAAAGAAGGAGAAGAGAAGCAAACCCAAUACAGCUGGAGGCGAGCAUCAGAAAGUGGAUGUUUCCGAUGAUAGCGGGGAUACUGAUAAUGAUGAGAAGACAGGAGAUGAUUGAGCACUUCCGGAAGACUUUCUCCGGCAGUGAUUUUUCUCCAAUUGCCAUAUAACACAAAAUUGCUCAAAUUGUGAUUGGCUGAAGCAAAGUAGAGAUCUCCAUUUGUCCUGAAUUACAGCGCUUUGCUAACUCUGAGAUCAUUCAAUAGAUCAUUCAAUUGGAAAUUAAAAAUUGAUAGUUGCAUGGUUGAGCCAAGUACGGUUAUAUUGGUUAUUGAACAAACCCUCAACAGUUCAUGUUUUUGGACACUCAUGACUGAGCAACUACGAUUUCAUGUAUUUGCAUAGUACGGUUAUUGGGCAUAAUAGUAUGUUUUAUAGAUUGCUGUGUUGUAUGCCUCAUUUAGUUGCUAAUUGCUAUGUAAUAGACUAAUAGCUAUGUACUUGCUUAAUUCAAAGUUUCAUGGCCGUGCACUGUUGUGCCUUAGCCCCCAUA